AUGUCCGCCGCAACGGCCGAAAGCUACAAGAAGCUCAAGGAGGAUUUUGUAUCCAACCUCUCCGGUGGUCUCGUCAGCGAGGUCAACUACGUGACCGCUGUCGCACCCGUCGCAGUCCUUCUUUGGUCUGUCCUCCAAUCCCGCCAAUCCUUCUUCAAACCCUACACGCCUCUGUCCGCAGUGGUCGACUACUUCCUCAACGUCACCGCCAUCCUUCUCUCGACAACCCUCUACGCCUCCUCCCCCCUGCUCCUCAACCUCCUCCUCCUCGCUCCGGCCGUCCUCGUCUACGCCUUCCCGCCUAACACGCGGCGCAAGAAGCCCGCCGUUCCACCAAAUGCAAAGUCUCAGGCGGCCGGAGAGGACUCGCUCUCCGUGCUCUCGGUCAAGCCCUUCCUGACGCACUACCGCGGCAGCAUGAUGGUCGUCACCUGCAUCGCCAUCUUGGCCGUCGACUUCCGCCUGUUCCCGCGCCGCUUCGCAAAGGUCGAGACCUGGGGCACCUCGCUGAUGGACAUGGGCGUCGGAUCGUUCGUAUACAGCGCCGGUGUCAUCGCCGCGCGCCCCGUCCUCAAGGAGCGCGCCUCCGGCCGGACCACCCCGCUGGCGACCCGCCUGCUCUCCUCGAUGCGCCACUCGCUACCGUUGCUCGUCCUGGGCGUCAUCCGCCUGCUCAGCGUCAAAGGUCUGGACUACGCCGAGCACGUUACCGAGUACGGCGUCCAUUGGAACUUCUUCUUCACCCUCGGCCUGCUCCCGCCCUUCGUCGCCUUGUUCCAAUCCGCCUUGAAGAUUGUGCCGAGCUACGCCGCCCUGGCGAUUAUCUUGGGUGUCAUGUACCAGGUUGUCCUCGAGAGCACGAACCUGAAGUCAUACAUCUUGACUGCGCCGAGGACAGACUUGAUUUCAAAGAACCGGGAGGGUAUCUUCAGCUUCAUCGGCUACCUGGCCAUCUUCUUGGCGGGACAGGACACGGGCAUGUAUAUACUGCCCCGAAGCGUCAACCCAAAGAGCGACUCGACGCCGGCGACGCAACGCAGGACUCUCAUCAUGAUGAUGGCCAUCUGGUCUGCAGCGUGGGCGGGCCUGUACUUCUUGAGCACGAGCUACAGUUGGGGUGCCGGUCUCAGCGUGUCGCGCCGGAUUGCGAAUCUGCCCUACAUCCUCUGGACGGCAGCCUUCAACUCGACCCAGAUUCUUGCAUACUGCGUUGUCGACACCAUCUUCUUCCCCUCAUUCUAUAACGCCACCGACGCGAGGGCAGAGAAGGAAGCGUACGAGACAGCGACAAGCAGGGUGUUCCGCGCUUACAACCGUAAUGGCCUCUUCCUGUUCCUCAUUGCCAACCUCUUAACCGGAUUGGUCAACAUAACGGUGCCCACGCUGGACGUUGGGCCGCUUCCGACCAUGGGCAUCUUGGUCGCGUACAGCGCAGCUCUCACUGGUCUUGCGUUGAGUCUGGACGCAUACGACAUAUCUAUAAAACUGUAG